UAGAAAGAGUAUGGGGGAGUAUAAAUUAGCGAAACUCCAUCGGCUUGGAGGUAGUUCGGAAUUGAACCGGGGAAAACCGCCUUUUUCUUAUCGUUUUUCCGGUAAGCAGGAUGGGAUGGGGAAGUUCGAUCUUCGAAGGCGUAAUAGUGGUGGGUUCUAUAGCGCUGCUCGGCUGGGCUGGGCUAUGGUUUCUGAACCGGAGGCUUUACAAGGAGUAUGAAGAGAAGAGAGUGCUGGUACAGAUCAUCUUCAGUGUCGUCUUCGCCUUCUCUUGCAACCUCUUCCAGCUUGUCCUCUUCGAGAUUAUCCCCGUCCUCUCUAAAGAGGCAAGAUGGAUCAAUUGGAAGGUGGACCUGUUUUGUUUGAUAAUGUUACUAGUCUUCAUGCUGCCUUAUUAUCAUUGUUACUUGAUGCUUUGCAACAGUGGUGUGAGGAAGGAGCGGGCUGCACUUGUUUCUACCUUGUUCUUGAUGGCAUUCCUAUAUGCAUUUUGGCGCAUGGGCAUUCACUUUCCAAUGCCUUCACCUGAUAAAGGAUUUUUCACCAUGCCUCAGCUCGUGAGUAGGAUUGGAGUAAUUGGUGUGACUGUCAUGGCUAUCCUUUCAGGCUUUGGAGCCGUAAAUUUACCAUACAGUUAUCUGUCUUUAUUCAUCAGAGAAAUUGAAGAAUCAGAGAUAAAGUCAGUGGAGAGGCAGCUAAUUCAGUCAAUUGAGACCAGCAUUGCCAAGAAAAAGAGAAUCAUUCUCUGCCAAAGGGAAAUUCAGCGCAUCCAAGGUGCUGAAGAGAAAACAAAUGCUACUUCCUUCCUAAAACGAAUUGUAGGAACAGUUGUGCGAUCAGUUCAAGAUGACCAAAAGGAGCAGGAUAUAAAAAAUAUGGAAGCCGAGGUACAAGCUUUGGAAGAACUCUCAAAGCAGCUUUUCUUGGAAAUAUAUGAGCUUCGCCAAGCUAAGGAAGCUGCUGCUUAUUCUCGUACAUGGAAAGGUCACCUGCAGAAUCUUUUGGGUUAUGCUUGUUCUGUCUAUUGUGUGUAUAAAAUGAUUAAGUCUUUGCAAAGUGUUGUCUUCAAGGAGGAUGGUUCUGUAGAUCCAGUGACCCGGACAAUCAGUAUAUUUUUGCAAUUCUUUGACAUAGGAAUAAAUGCCACAAUGUUGUCACAGUAUAUAUCCCUCUUAUUCAUUGGGAUGCUGAUUGUCAUAUCCGUUAGGGGAUUCCUAACUAAUUUGAUGAAGUUCUUCUUUGCAGUUUCCAGAGUUGGAAGUGGAUCAUCAAGCAAUGUUGUGCUUUUCCUUUCUGAAAUCAUGGGGAUGUAUUUUGUGUCCUCUAUUCUGUUGAUUAGAAAGAGCCUGGCAACUGAAUAUCGGAUGAUCAUAACAGAUGUGCUAGGUGGAGAUAUUCAAUUCGACUUCUACCACAGAUGGUUUGAUGCUAUUUUUGUAGCCAGUGCUUUCCUUUCUCUGCUUUUGCUUUCUGCACACUACACAUCCCGUCAAGCAGACAAGCACCCAAUUGAUUAGAGUAGAACAUGAACAUUGCUGCUGCACCUACUUUAUAAUACUACUUUGUAUAAAGUUCCCCAUGAUAUGAUUAAUAUAGCCAUAUUUUCAUCCCAGGCCAUGCGGUUUCUGCCAAACAUAUGUGGAUAAGCUUGCUUACUUGCUUUUGUAUGUUUGAGUAAAUGCCAUAUCUGCCUGUUAUAACCCAAAAAAAUUCCUUGCAGCCAUUUUUCUGAUUAUAUUUAUUCCUUUAAAUGCGCUUCCUUGUUUAUUAAACAAAUGCUGCAGGUUCUUUUCUUGUAA